UUUCACCUCAUCCUCACACAUUCAGAGACGCCCCUCGUUCGUACUCCCCGCCUUCUAAUGUGACUUUCAACAACCCGGGAAGUCUGAUCCGACUAUCUCUGUCGAAUCAAGCAUAUUUCACAGGAGCCACACCUGAUCCACCGAUUCAACACUGUCGCUCCCGUUUCCUGUACAAUCCAUCUUUACAAGUAAUGAACAUGUGCACUGCGUGAUUUGCACGCAGAUCCCUCAUUGUCCUCACACAAGGACUCGAUGCUUCAUCUUUACGUUACCUUUUAAGCUCCAGAAAGCCAAGUCCUGGAUGAUAGGAUACUCUCUAACCUAAUGUGAUCGCGUUUAUCUGUCAUCUGUCGAGAUACUAUCAAGGGAUCAAGAUGUAUCUCUUUAAAUCACAAGGCUCGAAGUGAAGUACAUAUCCCUUCGCUCAUGUUGUGGAUCCGCAGAUGUAUUGCCAGCAUGUUUCUCCCUUUAGCUAUCUCGUUUAUACCAUUAUUCUGUCUCUCUGUGGCACAGGACUUCUCUGUCCCAAGUGAGUGGGUGAAUACGACGUCAACACAUUCCUGGGAUGAUCGUGUCCAGCUUGCUCAGUCAGUCAUCGAUUCAGUCAUUCCGCAUUAUGACGCUAGCAAGGGUCAACUAAAUGAACUGUUUUUCGGCCAAAAUGCGAACUUGAUGUCGGCCAUCGUGAUUCACGACUCUCUCGUUCCAAACAGGACGAACUACAAUACAACGACCGACAAUUUUCUCCGAGUUGUUCCGAGUCUUGUACCCACCAUCAAUGGAACUACGAUCGGUGUCACGAAUGAUCCUCUGAUGUGGGGGCUUACUGGAAUAUAUGCAUAUCGUGCCUAUAAUGAACGACCUUUCCUCGAUAAUGCUAUCUCAAUCUGGGAACAGAUCAGUGUAUAUAUGAUCACCCGGCAAGAUGCCGCAAGCAAUUCUCAUCCGCUCAAGAACAUCACCUUUCCGUUAGAGUGUAAUGGCAUAUCACUUGCUGGCGGAGUAUUUUGGAACUCGAAUAGUCCACAGAAUACCGGUAUUAAUGCUGGAACUAGUGGGGCGUACAUGGCGCUGUCCGCAUAUUUAUAUGAGAUGACGAACAACAAUACUUCCGGUGAUGCAGCUGAACUGUCACGCCAGUUCAUUCAGUCACAUCUGUACAACGAGAGUGCAGGAUACGUCAUGGAUUUUCUCGAUCCGCCUACAUGCUCAAUUGCCAAUAAUUUCCAGUGGACGUACAACAUGGGACUUUACCUCGAAGCGAUUAGUGUAUACGCAAACAAAACAAAUAACGUAACAUUGACUGACUUUGCAAACGAGUUAACCGUACAUGCAGUAAAGUCCACUGCAUGGAAUGGUGUAGAUGGUAUCAAUACAGAAGAACUCCCAGUGGAAAAUGUAACGACUAACGCCUUCUCCAUGGCGUAUAAAGGAAUGCUCAUCCGGGCACUGUACGAACAUUGGUCUCGAAGCCCUGAAGGCUCCGACGUUGCGAAGUUGAUCGAGAGUUAUAUCAUGAUUUAGCACAACGCCUUAAUUUUGCACGGACACCAGAUACCAACAACUAUUCUCCUAGAUGGGAUGGUCCCCCUGUCGCAUCAAUGCUUCCUUGGGGACAACUAGCGGCACUUGAUGUCCUGAACUCCGCCAUCGGUAUGGCUGAACAACCUUCCCCAAUACCAAUCCCUACCCUUUUGCCUACAUCCUCCAUUUCACUAUUUAACGGUCCUACAGGAAUAACACCAGGAUCACAGAAUCAACAUUCUGACUUAGGAUUGAUCAUUGGUACAACGAUCGGUGGGGUUGUGUUCGUCAUUCUAGUAGUGACCGCCUGUCUCGUCAUUUGGUUGCGUCGUCGAAACAAUCGGAAACGCAGUCAACCUCUGUCUGGCACUCGGAGAUACUCAUUACCAAAUGAAGUCCCAAGGACCGUACACCAGCACGAAGUCAUGCCCUUCCGUCCCCCAUUCUCGAUGCAAGAACCAGAAAUUCCUGCUAAAGUCAGAAGCGACAUCCAACGAGACCAACCGAUUGCGAAUGCAGGUGAAGAGACUCCGGCUCAGGUUCUAGGACCUGUGUCGGAACAGAGCAGCUCUCGAGAUUCCAUUCAAGACUUGAUUCAAAGAUUGAAUCGGGCGAUGGCACAGUUACCUCCUCCACCUAGCAUCGAGGACAGUUCGUCGGUAGGCCCGCCUCAGUAUACAAGUGUAGCCUGAGUUUCGUCGCACCCUUCUCUUCGACGCUGGUUUCAUGUUAGUACGAGGCGCGUUAGCAUUCUUCCUGGGAUGCGCACAAUUCUCACCUUCCCCCUUCACUCUUUGCAUGUACUGUCCAUAACUUGUCUUCGUUCAGAUUCUACCUGAAUGAACACAAGCACUUCG